AUGACAAGAAAAAAGCUAAAAUUUGAAUUGGUGGCGAAUGAAAACGCUCGAGCAACGAAACUGAAGAAAAUAUGGUCAGCGCUGAUCAAAAAGGUAACAGAAUUCACCAUAUUAUGUGAUGUGAAGCUUUGUGUGAUCACUUAUAGCCCUAACGACGCUGCGCCAAUGGUGUGGCCAUCUGUUGAGAAGGCUGGUGACCUCAUACGCAACUUCAAUGCCUUGCCAGAUUUCGAGAAGAUGAGGAAAGCGAUGACUCUCGAGUCAUUCAUGACGGGGAAGAUAAGUAAGGUUGAAGAGAAACUGAGGAAACUUCAGAAGAAGAACAUGGAGCAUGAAAUAGAUAAGCUGAUGGUGCAACUACGUGGUGAUCGUAGAAUGGAUGAUCUUGACGUGAAUGAGCUCAAGGCAUUGCUAUCUUUCUCAAAGGAUAAGAUCAUGAAAUUAAGGAAGAGGGUAGGUUCCGUGGAGCAUCGUCCUCUUCGCGAUCCAUUUGAGACGCAAUCAGAAGAGCCUAGGACCACAACGAAUGAUGGUUUCGUGAUAGGAGGUGGUCAGGACGCUGAGAGAGCUAGGAACACCAUUGAAGGAGACAAGACCCAUUACUUGAUGGAUGGGUGGGUUUACCCAUCUCCGGAGCCGCUUAACCCUCUAAUCCACCAGCAAAUCGGAAUAGGAAUGGGAUCUUACAACGCAGAUCCAAACCCUAGAAGUUACCUUCCGUUCCAAGGAAGCUAUCCUCCAUACCAAGGAAGCGGUAUCAGCGGAAACCCUAAUUUGCAGAUGCACCCGAAUGUUCCACCAGUGAUGCCUUUCCAUGGUAUGCUUGGAUCAGUGUCUCAACCAUUACAGCAUCAUGACAUGAACAUGGACAAUAAUCCAAUCAUGGCUAUGAGUCAACCAAUGCAAAACCCUAAUUUGGAGAUGCACCCGAUUCCACCAGUACUGAUGCCUUUCCAUGGUAUGCUUGGGUCAGUGUCUCAACCAUUACAUCAUCAUGACAUGAACAUGAACAACAAUCCAAUCAUGGCUAUGAAUCAACCAAUGCAAAACCCGUUUGAUGCCAUGAGCGGCGAGGAACGAAACAACUUUAACAUCGGCGGUUCGCAGAUGGCGACCAACGACGGUCUCCGUCAAGAGCCACCACCACCACCACCACCGAAUGAAGCAACGGCCGGAGAAGGUAAUGCUGAUGCGACGUCGUUUGAUACCAAUAGGGAUUGGCCGGGAACUAAUUAA